GUACAAAUUUAAAUUAUUUUUUAGCUUUCUUGCUCAUGGAGAUAGCGUGACCACUACAGCUUUAUUUUUUCGGAUAGGAAAAUCAACUGUAUAUAGUAUUGUUCCUGAAGUUUGUAAUAUAAUUUGGGAAAUGUUACAACCCAUAUAUCUCCGUUGUCCACAAGAAGAGGAUGAGUGGAUAAAAAUUGCUAAUGAUUUUUAUAAUCUCUGGAAUUUUCCCAAUUGCAUUGGAGUGAUUGAUGGAAAGCACUGCCGAAUCCAAGCUCCACCACAUUCGGGUAGUGCGUUUCACAAUUAUAAGGGACACUUUAGUGCUAUAUUAAUGGCUAUUGUGGAUGCACGUUAUCGUUUCAUUUGGGUCGACAUUGGAGAUUACGGUUCUAUGAAUGAUUCUGGAAUCUGGGCUAAUACUGCAAUAAAGCAAGCAAUUGAAAAUAAAACGUUAUCUGUGCCAGAAACCCGUUCUUUGCCUAAUACAAAUUGUCCACUUCCGUUUUCUCUUGUUGGUGACGAAGGAUUCCCGUUAAAAACAUAUUUAAUGCGUCCAUAUGCAAAGAGAAAUUUAUUGAGUAAUGAGCAAAAAGUAUUCAAUUACCGAUUAACAAGAGCACGACGAGUUGUUGAAAAUGCUUUUGGCAUUCUUGUAGCACGAUGGCGAAUACUACAGAAACCUUUAGCUCUGAAAUUAAGUACUAUCGAGAAAAUUGUGCAAGCGAUUACUUCCCUUACGAAAAAAAACUCUCAACUUUGA